CUGUGAGCGCGGCCCGGCCGCAGAGUGAGCCCUCUGUCCUGCGUGUCCGCAGAGACGAUCUUUGUCUGAUGUGAGCCGUCGUGUCGGCCAGCGGAGCGCGAGACAACCGGAGAACCGCAGCGGCAGGAUGGGGAAGAAACAGAAGAAGACCGGAGAGGACAGUGCCAAAGAUGACGGCAUCGACAUCGACGCUCUGGCAGCGGAGAUCGAAGGAGCCGGAGCCUCCAAAGAGCCGAAAGGGAAGAAGAAGAAGAAAGGAGGAGGCAAGAAGGACGACUACGAUGAGGACGACAUCCUGAAGGAGUUGGAGGAGUUAUCUCUGGAGACUCAGGGCGGGAAGAAGAAAGCAGACGCCACAGAGGACGUGGAGAGCGUGGAGCCUCCCAAACCAGAGAAGAAGAAGACCAGGAAGGGGAAGAAGGGCGGAGCCAGCCCCGAGGGCGAGGAUGGCGAGGAGGGCGAAGGUCCGACGAACGAGGAGAGGAACGGGGAGCAGACAGACAAGAAGGCGCCUCCUGUAGCUCCGCCCUCAGACUCUGACGAGGACAGCGGCUCGCGCUCACGCCUCCACAAAGACGCCAAGAAAGGAGGCGAGGAGGAGGAGGGCAAAGACGAAGGUGAGGGAGGGAGGAAAGGAGGCAAGGACAACAACGACUCCGAGGAUGACGAGGAGGAGGAGUUCACCUCCAGGAGGGACAAGAAGAAGAAGAACAAAGGCAAGGCGGCGAAGGUGGAGAGCGAGGACGAGGAGGGGCCGGACGAGGAGGAGGAGGGUGGAGGCUUCAAGAUGAAGACGGCGGCUCAGAAGAAGGCGGAGAAGAAGGAGAGGGACAAGAAGAAGAAGGAGGAGGAGAGGAUGAAGCAGAAGAAGCUGCGGGAGAAGGAGGCCAGUGUGGAGGCCACACCUCCUCAGGCGGCUCCUCAGGCGGCUCCUCAGCUGGCUCCUCCUCCUGCAGCGGCGCCAGUGACAGAGGAACAGGAAGGGGCGGAGCCAGCAGCAGAGGACGAGGCCGAGGGCGACAAGAAGAAGAAAGACAAGAAGAAGAAGAAAGGAGAGAAGAAGGAGGAGGAGAAGGAGAAGAAGAAGGGGCCGAGCAAGGCCACCGUGAAGGCCAUGCAGGAGGCGCUGGCCAAGAUGAAGGAGGAGGAGGAGCGAGCCAAGAGGGAGGAGGAGGAGCGCCUGAAGAGGCUGGAGGAGCUGGAGAAGCAGCGGCAGGAGCAGGAGCGUCUGGAGCUGGAACGCAAAGAGAAGAAGAAGCAGAAGGAGAAGGAGAGGAAGGAGCGCCUGAAGAAGGAGGGCAAGCUGCUGACCAAGGCUCAGAGGGAGGCGCGAGCUCGCGCCGAGGCCACGCUCAAGCUGCUGCAGGCGCAGGGUGUUGAAGUGCCAUCCAAAGACUCGAUGCCAAAGAAGAAGCCGGUUUACGGAGACAAGAGGAAGAAGAAGGCCAACGCUCAAACUCCUGAAGAAACGUCCGAGGUGACCACGCCGGCAUCGGAGACGCCAGAGCCUGUCGCCAUGGAGACAGAGGCAGAGAAGCCGACGGUGGCAGAGCCAGACGUGAAGCCGGACGCCGCCGCCGUCGACGACUGGGAGGCCAUCGCCACCGACGAGGAGAAAGAGCUGAAGAAGGUCCACAUCGAGGUGAAGGAGGACACCACCGCUCCUCCUCAGCCCGCAGGCAGCGAGGAGGAGGAGGAAGACGAGGAUGAGGACGAGGAGGAUGAAGAGGAUGACGAUGAGGACGAGGAGGAGAGCGAGGAGGAGGCAGAGAAGGAGGCAGAGAAGGAGCCGAUGGCAACGGUGGGUCAGACAAAAAGGAGGGCGAAGGAGAGCGAGGACGAGAGCAGCGAGAGCGACGACGAUGACGGCCGGACGAAGGAGGAGCGACUGUACGACCGAGCCAAGAGGAGGAUCGAGAAACGGAGGGUGGAGAACCUGAAGAACACGGACGUGGACAAACUGAGAGCGCCUGUCGUCUGCGUGCUCGGACACGUCGACACAGGAAAGACCAAGAUCCUCGACAAGCUGCGACACACUCACGUUCAGGACGGGGAAGCUGGAGGAAUCACUCAACAGAUCGGAGCCACAAACGUCCCCAAAGAGACGAUUGAAGAGCAGACGAAGAUGGUUAAAAACUUUGACAAAGAGAACCUGAGGAUCCCCGGCAUGCUGAUCAUCGACACACCAGGACACGAGUCCUUCAGUAAUCUGAGGAACAGAGGCAGCUCGCUGUGCGACAUCGCCAUCCUGGUGGUGGACAUCAUGCAUGGUAUAGAGCCUCAGACGCUGGAGUCCAUCAACCUGCUGAAGGAGAAGAAGUGUCCCUUCAUCGUCGCCCUCAACAAGAUCGACCGUCUGUACGACUGGAAGAAGAGUCCGGACACCGACGUCGUGGCCACGCUGAAGAAGCAGAAGAAGAACACCAAGGACGAGUUUGACGAGAGAGCGAAGGCCAUCAUCGUGGAGUUCGCUCAGCAGGGUCUUAAUGCCGCCCUGUUCUACGAGAACAAAGACCCCCGCACGUUCGUGUCGUUGGUUCCAACCUCGGCCCACAGCGGUGACGGGAUGGGAAACCUCAUCGCUCUAUUGGUCGAGCUCACCCAGACCAUGUUAGCCCGCCGGUUAGCACACUGUGACGAGCUUCGGGCUCAGGUCAUGGAGGUGAAAGCCCUGCCCGGCAUGGGAACCACGAUAGACGUCAUCCUGAUUAACGGCUGUCUGCGGGAGGGAGAGACCAUCAUCGUCCCGGGGGUGGAGGGACCAAUCGUGACGCAGAUCAGAGGGUUGCUGCUGCCUCCCCCUCUGAAGGAGCUCAGAGUCAAGAGCCAGUACGAGAAGCACAAGGAGGUGUCGACGUCUCAGGGUGUCAAGAUUCUGGGUAAAGACCUGGAGAAAGCGCUGGCCGGGCUCCCCCUGCUGGUGGCUCACAAGGACGAUGAAGUCCCCGUCCUGAGGGACGAGCUGGUGCGUGAGCUCAAACAGACGCUGAGCUCCAUCAAACUGGAGGAGAAAGGAGUUUACGUCCAGGCGUCCACGCUGGGAUCUCUGGAGGCUCUGCUCGAGUUUCUCCGAACGUCUAAAGUCCCUUACGCUGGCAUCAACAUCGGUCCAGUUCAUAAGAAGGACGUGAUGAGGGCGUCCGCGAUGUUGGAGCACGACCCGCAGUACGCAGUGAUCUUAGCGUUUGAUGUGAAGGUGGAGCGGGAGAGUCAGGAGAUGGCCGACAGUCUUGGAGUUCGAAUCUUCUCGGCUGAAAUCAUCUACCAUCUGUUCGACGCUUUCACCAAGUACAGAGAGGACUACAAGAAGGCCAAACAGGACGAGUUCAAGCAUAUAGCUGUGUUCCCGGUGAAGCUGCGAGUUCUUCCUCAGUUUGUCUUCAACUCCAGAGAUCCCAUCGUGAUGGGUGUUUCCAUCGAGGCUGGAGUCCUGCGACAAGGCACGCCGCUCUGCGUCCCCAGUAAAGGGUUUGUGGACAUCGGCGUGGUCACCAGCAUCGAGGUUAAUCACAAGUCCGUCGACUGUGCCAAGAAGGGUCAGGAGAUCUGCAUCAAGAUCGAGCCCAUUCCCGGAGAGUCGCCCAAGAUGUACGGCCGCCAUUUUGAAGCCACUGACCUCCUCGUCAGCAAGAUCACGCGGGCAUCCAUCGACGCUCUGAAGAACUGGUUCAGAGACGAGAUGCAGAAGACUGACUGGCAGCUGAUCAUGGAGCUGAAGAAGACCUUCGAGAUCAUCUGAGGGACCUGAAACACACACUCACACACACUCACACACACUCACACACACAGAUUAACACACACACUUCCUCCCUCAGACGAGGAGGCGAAGAUGACGACGGACAAAAAAGAAAAGGAAAAAAAAAAGCCGUGAAAGUGUUUUUCUGUGAGAAACCAACAGUUUUUUCCACUGUUGUAAACAGUGAUAGACCACACACACACACACACACACACACACACUCAGUAUUCCAACGUGCCUGUUCUUCAGCAUCAACGUUGUGUUACUUUUUUUUUUCUUCUUCUCUGCUCUGAUUUGUGGCUGCUGCUUCGUGUCCCAGGCUCCGCCCCUAACGAGCUUAACGAGGCCGACGGGUCAGCACAGAUGGUACUCAGCCAAAACCAGGUGCAUUAUGGGAUUGUAUUGACCAGCACCGAGAGGCUGGAGGAGGAAAACGUUUUUCUUUUCACUAAACACCAAAAUCCUCGAAGCAGCGGCGGCGCCGACUUCAAUGACUUACAGACUCUGUCGGCACGUCGGAGGGCGGAGUUUGAUGACGGAGGAAGAUUUUAAACUGUUUUUGCUGCAACUGCUGAUGUAAUAAAUUCCCAUGAUUCUGAUGAA